AUGGCCGUAGCAAGGCUGCUCAACAAGCCACCGAAGGCGAGGAGCUUGUGGAUCCUCGUGCGCCGCCUCCUCCUCGGCAAAGGCCGCAACAAGCCGCCGCCGCCGGCGGGCGCGGAGGAGGAUGGCGAGGGGGAGAAGAGCGGCCUCCUGAGUCGAAGCUCCUUGGAGCAGCUCCUCGUGAUGACGGAUGACUGCGACCCUGGCGACGAUGGCGGCGCCAAGAAGCACGGCCAGCCGGUGGCGGUGCUGCUGCCGGCGCUGGCUCGGCCUGAGGCGGCUCCGGCGGCUGCGGUGUCGCCGGCAGCUAGUGAGGCGCACCGUGGCGCACCGGCCGUGCACCGGAGGUUCAUGUUCGGCGGGUUCCGCCGCCGGCUGCUCAUGCGGCGCCCCUGGCGGUCGAUGCUCGUCGCCAUCCCGGAGUGA